AUGGCAAAUCCCUCCAUGGAUCAGAGCUGUGGCGGGUGGUCUGGAGAGAUAAUGGAGAAGAACAUGAAGUGUCUUCUGAGCAUCGUUUGCUUGACUUUUUGUCUUCACCUCAGUCAGGCGCAAAAUGCCAGAACAUGCAGCAGUUGUAACUCAACAACAACCGCCAACUGUGAGAACAGUCAAGGUGUCGCUUUGUGUACCUGCAAAUCCGGAUUUAUCGGGGACGGCCUGAGUUGUACACGAAUGGCAUUCUGCGACAGCCUAAAGUGUUGCCCGGAUGGCUACAGGUGGGAUGUGAAAACGAAGCAGUGCGUAGACAUCGACGAGUGUAGUAACCCCGCGCUGAGGAAGUGUUCUCCAUCAGAUAACUGCGUCAACAGGAACGGCAUCCACCUGUGUUCCUUCAACAAGAACGCUAAGUGCGGAGGGAAGGAGAAAUGUGACGAUGACGAGGACUGUCUGACAGUAAAUGGGGUUGUUCAGUGUGCUGAUCCCUGCUACAACUACAACACACUAAAUGGAACAAAGCGACUUUACACUCUCAGCUCAUCGGGAAGGUUUGAGAAUGAUCGUAACAGCAUUGGUUGGUUCCGCUUUGUCGGCAAAGGGCUCAGCCUAAGAGAAGGAUGCGUGGGGACCCUGAAGUGUGGCUCCUUUCAGCCAUACUCCCUUGGAGAUGACCACCCAGGCCAUGGAGAUGGGAUAACCGUUGUGCCUCUGUUCAGUAACACAGUGUCACUCGGAUGUGUCCGAGGAGCGGGUAUUCCGGUGAAAGCCUGUCCAGAAGGAUAUUACGUGUACAAGUUCUCAGGAUUACUGCGAUUUGACGUCUACUGCACAGUUCCAACCACAACUACUACGACUACUACAACCACAACUCCAACUACAACAACAACUACUCCAACUACUACGACCACAACUCCAACUACAACCACAACUACUCCAACUACUACGACAACUACAACAACUACGCGCCCAACAACUACUAGGCCACCUACACCAGUUAAAACUCAACAGCCCAGCACCGACGCCAUUGAAGGUUCAGGCGUAAACCACUGGUUUCCAACAUUGGCCAAAGUUACUUUCUCAAAUGUAAAACAUCCUUUACCCACCACCACAACCCCAUCCACAACCAAAACUUCACCAACAACCUCCGCACCUCCGAGAACACUGAGCCCCCCUGCUGUUGAGCUUCUCAAGAUUCUUCAAAGAUUACAAGCCUUGGCUGAAAGUAUGUCAACAACCAUUGAAAGACCUGAAAAGACCUGGAUUACUAACCAAGUAACCCAGCUAACUCAGCAAAUCAAUGAUCUAGACAGCAAUUCUAUUUCUGCUGCUCUUAAUAGCUUCAAGAGUGAGCUGACACGUGCUGCACAUAAUUUCCUAUCAUCCAAAUUCCAAUAA